CUCUCCAUCAAGGUGAUUUCACUGGAUGGAACGUGAUGCAGACCAUCUCAUUCCACUAUCGAUUUUAUUUGACUGCGACCGUGCGUACCUUUCUUGCCUAAAAAGAUAGUUCGUGACUCCAGCACGUAACUGAACGAGAUGUUUCUUUUGGCCAAAAACGUACGCUUUUCUCGACGAACUUUGGUUCCAGUCUUUCAACGGUUGUUAAGCUUGAAUGUGCUGAGCGGUCACAAAGAAAUUCGUACACUUGAAUGUCAUAAUGGCGAAAAGGUGAAACCAACCUUCUCGUCCCAAGAAAUGCAACGCCGUCUGGACAUGAUUCGACGCCAUAUGGAGACAAACGGGAUUGACGCAUGCGUAUUUACAUCUUAUCACAACAUACAUUAUUACAGCGAUUUCCUGUACUGUUACUUUGGUCGGCCGUAUGCGCUCAUUGUCACCCCGUCGAAGACGACAAGUGUUUCUGCUGGCAUCGACUACGGUCAGCCGUGGCGCCGAACAUUCGGUGAGAACAUCGUAUAUACGGACUGGAAAAGAGACAAUUACUAUCACGCUGUACAACAACAGGUUGGCGAUGCGAAAACAGUAGGCCUGGAGUUUGAUUGGGUCCAUCUCGACAGUCACCGAAAGUUCUCCGAUGCUUUACCUUAUGCAAAAUUCGUAGAUGUCAGUCAACCGACCAUGAAAAUGCGCAUGAUUAAAUCUCCCGAAGAAAUUGAACUUAUAAAGCAAGGAGCACGUAUCGCUGAUCUUGGAGGAGAGGCAGUUGUUAAGGCAAUCAAGGAAGGUGCCGCUGAGCACGAGAUUGCUUUGGCGUCAACAAACGCGAUGGUCAAAGAGAUCGCCGACACAUAUCCACAUUCUGAAAUACGAGAUACAUGGACUUGGUUCCAAUCAGGAAUUAAUACCGAUGGUGCUCAUAAUCCAGUUACCACGCGGCGAUUGCGUAAGGGAGACAUACUCAGUUUGAACUGCUUUCCUAUGAUAGCUGGAUACUACACAGCACUUGAGCGUACACUCUUUUGUGAUCACGUGCCAUCAGACCGGCAUAUAGAACUCUGGGAAGUCAACUGCAAGGUUCAUCGUCGGGGCCUGGAGCUCAUAAAGCCAGGCGCGCGUUGCAGUGACAUAGCUAACGAACUGAACGAGCUAUACCUCGAACACGAUUUGCUGAAAUAUCGUACGUUUGGAUACGGUCAUUCCUUCGGCGUUCUUUCUCAUUAUUACGGACGUGAAGCUGGGCUGGAAAUCCGCGAAGAUAUCGAGACGGUGUUACAUCCAAACAUGGUGGUAUCCAUGGAACCAAUGAUUACAGUACCUGAGAGGGAGCCUGGUGCAGGUGGAUAUAGAGAACACGAUAUACUGGUUGUCAAGGAAACAGAUAGCGAAAAUAUUACAAAGUUCCCAUAUGGACCAGAACACAAUAUCAUCAAAAACUAAUUCCUGGUAGUUAAUUGCAAUCUAUAAGCCACAAGCCAUAAGCCACUGUUACUAUGGCUUUUCUUGUAGAAUUUCUACUCUUGAAUUUCUACACAGCGAUAUAGAACUCACAACCAAUUGUACUAAUGAGCUGACCGUGAAAAAAUGAGUCACCUCAGAGGGACCGGAGAGACAGAGUUAUUAAAACAUAUUUAAUCAUA